AUUUAAAAACAUCGUGUCGGUGAUCUGCUUUAUUUUAAAAUAAAUAAAUAAAUAAAUAAAAUCUGGCAACCCGAGCAAGUACUGCAAAAGAACAUGGCAACCUCUGAGCAGCUCCAUAUGCCAUUUAUCUGCUGGAUCUGGCUGCCAUAGGUGGCAGUGUGUGUGAGAGAGUGUGUGAGAGUGUGUGUGUGUGUGUGUGUGUGUGUGUGUGAGUGUGUGUGUGUGUGAGUGUGUGUGUGUAUGAGGCCGGUGUGUAUGUGUGACACACUGAACGAGGGAAACGACUCGAGCCGGAAAAAACCCCCCGAUGGCAAAGUGAAAGCAGAAAGACUCGAUGAGAGUGUGGGGUUCAGAGAGACCGGGAGCGGAGUGAGGAACCAGUGAGGAGCUGGGAUCAACCUUCAUCCACCUCCACCUCCAACACCACAUCUACCUCCUCCUCCUCUUCCUCUUCUUGUUCUUGUUCCUCUUCUUUUCUGCCAUGCAUCAUCAUCAUCAACACCAUCACCACCACCACCACCACCACCCCCAUCAUCAUCAUCAUCAUCAUCGGAGGAGGAUGUAGACCCCUCGGCCUGCUCUAAAGACUACACCAUUUCAAUGGGACUUUUUUUUUUUUUUUUUUUGGUUUUGUUUUUGGUGAUGAAGCUUCUUUCAUGGAGCCCGAAAGACGCGGACAGCGCGCGCGCAGCUUACCGGACGGCACGAGCGUGAAAUGGACAGGAUUCCGACUUUAAUUCGUGCGGGGUUUUUUGCGUUGAAUUGAGGAAAAAAGAGGCGAAUUCGGGGCCUGGGGAGGAGCCUCGGUCCCUCUCUAUUCUUUCUUUAUACACAUAAAUAAACCUAACUGUAUAUAUAUACAUAUUUGAAAGCAUCUUCUGCUUGACAUCACCGACUCGGAGGAGAUCAUCGGAUCUGUGUGGGAUUGUGUGUUUUGUGUGCGCGUGUGUGAGUGUGAGUGUGUGUGAGAGAGAGAGUGGGUUUUUAUUUUUUUUUUGUGGCGGUUGGGAUUUUUUUUUUGAUGGAGCUAGAGAACAUCGUUGCUAACACGGUGCUCCUUAAAGCGAGAGAGGGUGGAGGAGGAAAGCGGAAAGGGCGGAGUAAGAAAUGGAGGGAGAUCCUUCGCUUCCCCCACAUCAGCCAGUGCAUGGAGCUGAACAGAACCAUCGACAGGGAUUACUUCAGCCUGUGUGAGAAACAGCCCAUAGGGAGACUGUUGUUUCGCCUCUACUGUGAGACCAGACCAGAGCUGCUGAGAUGCAUUCAUCUGCUGGACGCCAUGGAGGACUACGAGGUGACUCCGGACGAGAAAAGGAAGAGUCGAGGAGACCAGAUCAUCAAGAAGUUCCUCACCAAGCAGUCCCCGGAGUGUGUGGAUGUGUUGGAGGUUCUUGCCGAACCCUGCAGAGAGAACCUUGAGCUGAGUCCCUGCAAAGAGAUCUUCAGCGAUUGCCGCAAGGCUCUGCAUGAGUACCUGAGUGGAGCGCCGUUCUCUGAUUACCAGAACAGCAUGUACUUCGACCGCUUUAUCCAGUGGAAAAUGCUGGAAAGGCAGCCGGUUACUAAAGACACAUUUCGGCAGUACAGAGUGUUGGGGAAGGGAGGCUUUGGAGAGGUGUGUGCGUGUCAGGUGAGGGCGACGGGGAAGAUGUACGCCUGUAAGAAGCUGGAGAAGAAGAGGAUAAAGAAGAGGAAGGGCGAGUCCAUGGCGCUGAAUGAGAAACAGAUCCUGGAGAAAGUGAACAGCAGAUUCGUGGUGAGUUUAGCGUACGCGUACGAAACCAAAGACGCUCUGUGUCUGGUGCUGACCAUCAUGAACGGAGGAGAUCUGAAGUUCCACAUCUACAACAUGGGAACUCCGGGCUUCGAGAAGGAGCGCGUGCAGUUCUACGCUGCCGAGAUCUGCUGCGGUCUCGAGCACCUGCACCAAGAAUCCAUCGUCUACAGGGAUUUAAAACCGGAGAACAUUCUAUUAGACGAUAACGGCCACAUCCGGAUCUCAGACCUGGGGCUGGCCAUCAAAGUGCCUGAUGGUGAGCCGAUAAGAGGCCGAGUCGGUACUGUGGGCUACAUGGCUCCAGAGGUGAUCAAUAAUGAGCGCUACAGCAUGAGCCCUGAUUGGUGGGGUCUGGGCUGUCUGAUCUACGAGAUGACGGCGGGCCGCUCGCCUUUCCGUGCCCGCAAAGAACGAGUGAAGAGGGAGGAAGUGGAGAAACGAGUGCAGGAGGAGGAGGAGGAGUACAGCGACAAGUUUACAGAAGACACCAAAGCCAUCUGCAGGAUGCUUUUAGCAAAAGACCCUAAGCAGAGGCUAGGCUGUAAGACGGAGGGCGCGGUGGAGGUCAAAGCUCAUCCCUUCUUCAAGAAUAUCAACUUUAAGAGACUGGAGGCUGGAAUUCUGGAGCCUUCCUUCGUGCCUGAUCCGAGAGCGGUAUACUGUAAGGACGUGUUGGACAUUGAGCAGUUUUCCACUGUUAAAGGAGUCAAUCUGGACCAAACCGAUAACGAUUUCUACUCCAAGUUUGCCACUGGCAGUGUCUCUAUACCCUGGCAGAAUGAGAUGAUUGAGACGGAGUGUUUUAGUGACCUUAACGUGUUCGGGCCUCAGGGGACGCGCUCCCCGGACCUGGACUGGGCUCAGCCUCCUGAGGCUCCGCGCCGCAGCCUGCUGGACCGCCUCUUCAGGAGGAACGUGAGGAUCUCGUCCUCCUCCUCCCACACAGAGGAGCCGGCCCGAGAACACAACAGCUAACUACAGACCAGCAUCCAGAGGCGACCGUCGCUCGCAGCCGAGUCUCGUCUUCCAGCGUCGACUCCGCGUUGACUCUGUGUCUAAACUCCGCCCCCUAGUGGACAGACGCCUGCGGGACUACAGGGAACCAGAACGAGGGAUGUAUUCGUAGAGAAAGACUCACGGAAAAGAGGACGUUGGGGUUUUUUUUUCGUCCUUGAAUUUUCCAACGCGUUCCCGCUGGAGGGCAGGAGACGAAGCGACUCAGCUUUGGAGACGAUAAAGACGUUUAUUUCUUCUUUUUUUUCCCUCUCUUCUUUAUUAUUAUUUUUUUUUUUUUUGAAACAAAAAAGGAGAACUUUUAGCCCUCAACUCAUGCUCCCUCAGGAUUGCUGGACCAGAAUUUAACAAUUUAAAAAAACAAAAAGAGCCACUGACAUUGACGGAAUAUUAAACUCUUUAUUAUUCAGGGGAUUUUACCGAGGCCUCCACAGGGAAGGGGACGAGGGGAUGACGAGGGCUUUUACCCUUCGCUCGGGGAGGGAAAGGCUAACAGAGUGAACUAAAGAGACUCUACACGCACUCGACACACACAGGCCUUCAAUCAUUCACAUUCUCUCGCUCUUUCCUUCCUUCUCCUCCGUCCCUCUAUCAGUCCACACUCGGAAGACGCGACACAACACGACGCCACACACACACCUCCGAACCUCCACAUUGCCUUGCGUUUUUACACUCAGGCCAAAGAUACGACACGUACUUCAAAAUUCGGUUGCUGUCAUUUUUUGUUUGAGGCCUAAAAUAGCACAACUCGGACACGCUAGUCGCUAUUGUUCACUCGUCCGCGUUUGUCUGUCCAUGAAAGGGACGCUUUAUCAAAAAAAAAAACACGAAAACACACCUUGUUCUCAAUAAUCAUGUCUUGUUAGCUCGCUAGAUUACUUUUAUGACUAUGACUUAAAAAUCCUCUCUGAAAUCCUGUCAGUUUAGAUCAUGUUAACUAGCAAAAUUAUGAAAACGACUUAUAUUCCUUCAAAAAUCCUGUCAGGUUUGCUCGUGUUAGCUAGGCAGCCAGCAUUAACAAUACCGAUGAAAAAUCUACCUGGUUAGCAUUAGCAGUGAAGACUGUAAAAAUACUGCUAGGUUAAUGUAUGUUAGCUAGAUAGCAUUAGAUGUGAAGGUUAUUAAUAAUUUUACUCAGAAAUCCUCUCAAAAAUCCUGCCUAGUGCACGCUAGCUAGCCGGCUAGCAUUAUUAUAGAAGAUUUGAAACUUUCAUAGUCAAUCCAGUUUAGAUCACAUAAUGAAUAUGAUUUUAAAAUCCUCGCAGAAAUCCUGUCGUGAUAGCGUGUGUUAGCCAGCUAGGAUUGUGAACGUGUAUGAAUACUGCUCUCAGAACUCUUGAGAAGUUAGCUUAGGUUAGCUAGCUAGCCCGUGUUAGCAGUGAAGAUUAUGAACAUGCGUGAAUAUGGUUUAAGAAUUCUGUCAGCUAAUAUAAGCUAGCUAGCAUUAAUAAUAAAGAUAAUAAACAUUCUCCAGAAAUCCUGUCAGGUUAGCAUUUAGCAUGUUCCACAUUAUUAUUAUUUUUUUAGAUGAAGCGUCCCUUUAAAAAACAACACAACAACACACACACAAACACACACACACACACACACACACACACACACACACACACACACACACAUUUGGCAGCUUUAUAAGUUUGAGGACGGAGUUUCAACCCUCACUAUUCACUCGUAUGAUGAUGCUAACACUCACUUCCUGUGUGCGAUCUAAAGGAAAUUAGCCAAAUAAUGAGACAGAAAAGUGGUGGUCGUCUUUUCAAACCAGCAGAUACACAGAUUGACAGCACAACAGCCAAUCAGGGAGCUUCACUUCAUCCAUCUCAUCUUAGAUUUCCACCCUUUAAAAGUUUAAGAAUCAGAUGUAGAACUCUGCGGUGGCUAAUCAGCUGUCCUCGUUCUCUCUAUGCUGCCAAGCUAGUGUUAAUACUGCUAACCCUGCGUUCACACGGCAGCCAUGUUUUCACCCAAAUCGCUAGACGUGGAUCGCUAGUAGGCAUCAGUGACUCAAUGUUACUGCUGGUUGCCAUGGUAACCUUGCUAGCACCUAGACAAUAGUGGUCGCCUAUACAAAUGUUCUCGGAAGUGUAUAGUUACUAAAAUUUACAAAAUGAUUCGAAUUGGAAGCAGAGCGUGUGUCGUCUUUCACAGUUAUUUAAGCUAGCUAGCUCCAUUUAAAAAAAAAAAAAAGUUUCUCCAAACAUCAAUUUUGAAAAUUUUUGUACUUUCCGAUGUCCCAAGAAGAAGCUUUGGAAAUUAUUGUGAUACUCGCGUUUCCUAUUUGUUACUAAAGCUUCAUCAGUUUUAUUUUUGCUGGUUCACAUAAAUAAAAUUUUUUUAAAAAAGAAUUAAUUAGUUUUCUAAAUUGUAAAGUUCGAAAUAACCCUGAAUCUUUAAAUACCGAGUGGUUAUGUAUAUACGUAGUUGGGACGAUUUCGAAGUCCGUUAAGCUAGCUAACGUUAACAGUGCGCUCGCAUGACUUCGGAAUUACAAGUUAUAUCUUAUUUGUAUCUAGAAAAGCCCCGCCCACUUCUCUUUGCCAAUUGUCGCUCCAAAUGACCAACUCUCGCUGCCGGUGUGAACGCAGGACGAAACGAAGGAAUGCUGUAGGUGCCAAAACCUGCUGGCCGAAAAACAUGAAGGAAGUCCAGUUGCUGGCUGUAUUUGUUGUAUUUUAAUUUUAUUUUUAUUUUAAAUCCAUGAACAGUCAAAGAAGUCACAGUGGAAUUUGAAAGGAGUCGCAGAUUGUUCAUGAAGAGUAUCUUGUGAGUCGAAGCAAAUCAGAAUGUGUUAUGACGGCGCUUCUUUGGCAGUAAAGUGGCAUCACAUGGCAUCAGACUGAAGCGUUAGCUGCUUUAAAAGGAUAUUACAAACUUUGUCAGGAUGUAUCGUACCGUAUCGUAUCGCACCGUCUUGAAAGUGACGACACAAGUCCGGUCUUACUCCUUGGAGAUUCUCAGUGACUUGCGAGACUGAAAAACCUUCACAGACAUAUUCAUCUCCACUCCACUCAUCUCCAGAACGUUGCCAAACGUCGCGUUAACGAACGCAUCGUUAACGAACGCAGCUCUCCUUCCAGUCUCGGCUGUUUGUUUGUUUUUUUCCGAACCCGAGACGUUUUCACCGUACUGUUUACACUCAGUAAAGCAGGUUCACCUUAAACCAGCAUACCUCAACACACACCUUCACUCAUUUACUUUCCACAGCAUUACAGAUGUACACCACUUCGUGUCGUUCAGACGCUCCACUCCACGCAGCGGCUGGUCAACAGCCGCAUUCCUAUAACUUCAGAUGUAUCGUGGUCAAGUAUCGUGGAUUUGGACCGAAUGGCAACCGGACGGAGCGUUCGAGUGCUUUUGAACAUUAUUAUUAUUAUUAUUAUUAUUAUUAUUAUUAUUAUUAUUAAAAGCGAAAAGAAAUGAUAAAGGGUUUAAGGAAUGGGUGUUUGCAAGGUGUUACUGAUCUGAUCAGUCAUUAUGAUCACGGCCGUGGCGUGUUUCGGAAAGGUUAUUCCGGCUCAAAACGUCGAGGACUUUUGCCAAAUGUAAAGACAAAUAGAUUUCAAAAUAGCGUGCCUGACCUGAAACGGUGCCAUGUUUGUUCUAGGUAUGUCAAAGUAGGCAUGUGCUGAUAGCUGGUUGUCUGAUAUUCCGCAAUAUUUGCUAGCAGACUCCCAAAAUAUGCCUGUCUAGCCAGGAGCAGCCUGAUUAACCAUCACUGACAAUGCUAAGCUAGCUAGCUAAAGUCCUCUUGGGAAGGAUAACUGUCCUGUAGGGUUAAUUGUUUUGGGCAGAUUUGAUGGAGAGGGCAAGUCCACCAUUUUAGUCCGUAAGUUAGCAUGCUAAUUUAUGCUAAUAUCAAUAUCAUGCUAAUCAGUCAUCAUGACAUGGAAGGCUAACGUCGGCACAUGCCUGCUGAUGAGUUGUGUUAUUAGUGCGAUAAAACUAGAUUAACCGGGAAUUGUUGUGAUUUCGGUAAAACAUUUCGGGUCCAGUUUAUUUUCUUCCUCUAAUCAUUCGUAUACAGAUAUUCCGUUAUAAUAACUGUAUAGGGACAGAGAGCCAGUUCUCUUCAGAUAAGCUAGAUACGUUUCCAGUUGCGUUUCUUAUAAGUAGACGUUUCUCUAGUUGUCCCCCGGGUGUACGGAGGGGAAGAUGGCCGGCGCGAGCGUGUACAGGAUCGUGUCACGUAGCUGUUAGCAGUGGUGAGAAUCGGUGUCCUGUCACAAUCAGGGUUACGUUGUGUGAUGGUAGAAUUUUUAGUGUGGUUUUUUCUCGUGGAAUUUACGAAUCGCAUUUCUUUCCCAGGAUGCGGGUCUGGAGUUUAACGGGGAACUCGGAAGCGCGUGGUAGGUUUUUUUUUGUGUGUGUGUGUGUGUUUUUCUUUCUUUGCCAUUACUGCCUUGUGUCGUGUAGGCCUGUUCGUAUGUAGUGAUGGAGCUUCGUGAUUCACUGCAGUGAUUUGAUUCGCUGAUUCGUCACUCAAACGACUCUUUUAAGUGAACCGAGCACGACUUUACAAUUCUUAUUUGGCGCAGAUUGUCAUUUAUAUCAAAGUUAAUCAACAUAAAGAGAAAGAAAAAUAUUAUAGCAGUAACAAUCCGUUAGGUUAUGCUGAGUGAUGUUGAGUACUCGGCUAGCUAGUUACAAUCACCACAAGAAGUUUUUGCUAGCUAGCUAAUUUGGCCUUUUCCUGAGAAAUAUCAAAACAAACAUCCAUAUUAAGCUGAGCAUAAGUUAACGUACUUUAGCACAUUGAUCCUGCUUCAGUUUUCAAUUUUAUAAUUGUAACUAAACUAGCUAGGAAAUGGAAAACACAGGCAGCGAAUGGUUAGCUAGCAUAGUACGUGGACAUUAACACUUUAACUUGCUGCUAGCUGGCUUACUCUUCUAAGCAAAGCCUCCUCUUGGUAAAUGUCAGAACAAACUUAGCUAGCUAGCUAAAUUUACCACAGGAGAUUACUGCUAGCUAAUUUGAGAAAGGUUUUUGCUAGCUAGCUAAUCUGAGAAAUGGAUAACACAUGCAGCAAGUUGUUAUCUAGCAAAGUUCCAUUGACGUGGAAAUUAAUGCAGGAGCUUGCCGCUAACUGGCUAACUCUUCUAAGCAAAGCCUUCUCCUGGUAAACGUCAGGACGUUAACUAGCUAGCUAAAUUUACCACAGGAGAUUACUGCUAGCUGUCUAAUUUAGCUAACUCUGAGCCUCCUAAUGGCAGAAAGUCAGAACAAAGUUCCACAUUAUGCUAUGACAGGCCGUGCUGAACGGCUCCUGAACUUUCUGAUUUUGCUCAAUAAGAGCGUCAACAUGGGCGGAAAAGCUAAAUGUGAUUAGCCGAUAGAAAUCUUGAUUACAUGACAUCACCACGAUCGUUUAUCCAACGCGCUAGCAAACCUGCUUGGCUAGUUAGCCUUAACCAUUCUGAUUCAGAUGAUUAAAAUUGAUUCACCUGAUUCACUUAAACGAUUCGUUUGAAUAGAGCGAAUCCUUUUUGGUGAAUGGCCCCUUACCGUUAGUCAGAAGGAAGACUUUAGCAUUAGUAGAUGCAGUACCGUACAUCGUGAUUGGUUGAGACUGGUUAGGCUGUCGUGUUAGGUGUUGCUGUAUUUUGGUAGAGUGUUUCCAUCCUGAGCAUUCUGGCGUGCUGAUGAUUUAUUAACCGUUCGUGACAUUUCAUAGCGAGGGCCUGAUGACGACGUGACACUGUUGAUUAUUUUUAUUUGCUACUGUGUCAUUCCCCUGUGUCUUAUUCGGAGCAUGGAUUUCUAUUUCGAUGCGUUAGCAUUACACGUGUACACUCGAUGUAUUAUAAUAUGAAUAAUGUACGUUUUCCAUAUGCGAUAUGACAAAUGAUUCGUUGUGCGACUAGGCAUGUGCCGAUAAUCGGUUCAGUCGUGAUCAAUUUCGGAUUGGAGGCGGCCUGCGUAGGCAACGGUGUACGUAAUGUCGCGCUAGCAAACUUGUUUAGACAAAAUAAAAGAUAGCAAACGUCACACUUGGUUUUAAUUACACAGUAAAGAAGUCUAGCUAACGUUAGCUAGCUUGUCCUUGAACCUGGCUAGCUAUGUGGCUAUGUUGCGUUUAAAUACACGGUGGACAAAUUUCGUGAUAAAUGUUAGCUAGUUUUGACGAUAGCGAAACGUUGAUUAUCAGCACGUGCCUAGCGGUGACAUAGCUAAUAUGCUGCAUUAAAGGGACAUUGCCUUCUUUUUAAACAAUGACCAAACGAUUAAAAGAAAAAAAAAAAAGGAACCGCAAGUGGGAUUUUUACCCGUCGUCCCUCGACAUGACGAGGAGAUUAUUGUUUUGUUUUGUUUUGUUUUUUCAUUUCAACCGCAGGAGACGACGGGAUUCACGGUUCUCGUUUCUCAUUUCUCAUCGCGAGAGUCAGAUCCAAACGAAGUGCCUCCUUUUUAACCGUGCAGUCCGGGUAGUGCCCACGUCAAGGUUUGCACUUUGUGUGUCACUUCUGUCCAUUGUCUGUGUGCGUGACACACACUUACACACAUAAACACACACACACACACACACACACACACACACACACAUACAUAUAUAUAUAUAUAUAUAUAUAUAUAUAUAUAUAUAUAUAUAUAUAUAUAUAUAUAUACACGCAUAUACAUAUACACACUCAUACACACACACACACAUACGCACAUGUGAUUUAAAGAGAGGUGUCAUACUACGCUGAUUGCAUGUGAAGCCGAACCUGUCAAAGUCCUGAAUAAAACCUGUGCUGGCCUGAA